GCCUCCGCCUCCACUUGGAGGAGAGGCCGCGCAGGCGCAGUUCUCGCUCUCUCGCCUCCCAGCGGGGAGGGAAGACAGAACCCGGAAGGAGGCGCAGGCGCAGUCGGCUGCCAAGGCUUUUGGCAGGUGUUCGAGUCCCUGCGAAACCGGUUGGCCUACUUUCCUCAGGUGGGGGCGGGCACGACUCCCCACCUGAGGACUGAGCGCCUGGGUCUUUCACGAUGGUGCUGGCGAACUCGAAGGCCGCAAGGGAUGCUACCGCCUACUUCCGGACGGCCAGCCCGUUGCCCUCGCUGGUCACGGGGCUGGGGCUGGGAUACUUUGCGUGGGUUGUCCUCUGGCCACACAGCAUCCCUUAUGAGAGCCUUGGGCUCCUGGGCUCGUUCACUCAGUACCUGGUGGACCAUCAUCACACCCUCCUGCACAACGGGUAUUGGUUUGCCUGGAUGAUUCACGUGGCAGAGUCCUUGUAUGCCAUGGUGCUGUGCAACUCUCUGCUAAUAAUGUGCCUGGGAAAGCAGCAGUGGAUGGCCCAAGUCCUUGGCCUGCAGCCUCGUGGGAGACCCAAAAGAAGUUCUGGGCCUGGCUUCAGCUUGGCCCCGCCCCAGCCACUGUGGUUAUUUGAAGAGUGAACCAGUGGAUGGAAGAUUGCUGUCUUGCUUGCUCUGUCUUUUAAAGAAAAAAGAAUAUGGACUAUGAAUUGUUUCUGGUGGUAUUUGUCUUAAAGUUUUUCUCUAGUUCUCUUGUGAUUAUGAGUUGCUUUUCACUAAGGAACCCCAUUUUUGACCAUGGAGUUAAGCAUCAUGGAAAUCAAACCCAGUUUUUAAGAAGUCCUUUCCAAAGAGAAAUAAUAAUGACUAAUAUUGGUGGUGCUGGGGACCGUGCUAUCAGGCUACUGAAUGAAAUGGAUUAAUUUAAAUAAAAUGCUGUGAGUUAUCUCUUCAA